AUGACCCUAAAACGUUACAAAAAACUAAUAGAAAACUUUCAUGUGAACAACCCAAACACUGAAUUGGAACGCAGUGAUUCAAAUUAUGAUAAAUUAGCUAAAAUCAGACCAUUGAUUGGAAUUCUAAACCAUAAUUUUUCAAGCAUGUGUACUCAAUCUUCAUCACAAAGCAUAGAUGAGAGCAUGGUAAAGUUCAAGGGUCGAAGUAGCAUGAAACAGUACAUGCCAAACAAACCAAUCAAACGAGGGUACAAAAUUUGGGCACGCUGUGACUCUGAGUCUGGAUACCUAUACUCAUUUGAUAUUUACACAGGUAAGGCCACUUCAACAGAUGAAAAUUCUGGUGGUCUUGGAUACAGAGUGGUGAUGUAUCUAUGUAGAAAUGUCCAACCAUACACAUUAAUGGCAUUCGAUAAUUUUUUUACUAGUUUGCCUCUUCUGGAGAUGCUCCAUCACAAAAAUAUAUAUGCUGUGGGUACAAUCCGAGUCAACCGAAAAGGCCUUCCAGCUGAAAUAACUGUUAAGAGGGGAACAAGAGACCAAAUGUGCCUAAAACCAGGAUAA